AACAGUUAAGAAAGUUAGUUUGCCCAAUGCAGACCUUAAACAGGAAUUUUGCCAAAUUUGGCAUUGUUUUGUUUAUUGGCCUAUUUCAAUUGGCAUCUACUGCCAGUUGGUAUACGGCCAGUGACGGACAUCGAUAUUAUAUCGAGGGAGCAGCCAAUUAUAAUUGGCUUCAGGCAUUAGAUCAGUGUUCUCGUCAAGGUCUACAACUUGCCGUCAUCGAUAGCGAUUCGAAAAAUAAAGCAUUGAUAUCUCUGCUGCGUUCGAUAUUUGGUAGUUCCCGCGACUUAUGGCUCGGUCAUCAUGAUGAAUUCUACAAGAAGAAGGAUAAAAAUCGUAGCUGGUAUUCAGCAUCAACAGGUGCAGCUAUCACCUUUAGCUACUGGGACAGUGGUGAGCCCAACAAUAAGGGUGGAGAACACUGUACCGAAAUUUAUCGCAAAGCCGAUUUUAAAUGGAAUGAUGAAAAUUGUGAUACAAAUUAUUUUGGUUUCAUUUGUGAGGAACAUUUUAAAACCGCCCAAUGUCGUACUCAAAUGGAGACAAAACGCUCGACAAUAGAACAAAAGAACAAUCAAUUGUCAUCGGAUUUUGCCACGACCCAAGAUAAUGUCAGCCAAAUCAUUAAAGGUAGCAGCACGGACACAGACAAUACGUUAGCCCUUUGGGAGAAUUCUACGCAAAAUGUUAUGGAUGAAUUUAAACAAUCGCUUAAUGAAUUGAUAGCCAAAAAACCCUAUUUACAGGCUGUCAUUGGUGAUGUGGGGCCAGCCAUAAGGGCGUUGGCUGCCGAAGCUCAGGAAGAGAUAUCGAAAUUAACACAGCAGACACGUCAAACAAUCUCUGAGAUCCAUGUGAAUGGUGAGAAAUCAGUGAAUGCUGAAAAUAAUGUUUUUGCAGGGAAAAUCGAAGAUCAUGCCAAUGAAAUGGGCAGAUUAUUAGUUUAUUGAAAAAUA